UAAACUCUCAUGAAAUGAAAGAAUGCUCAUGCUGUGGAGUAUUAAAACCAAUCCAAGGAUUUAUGAGGGUUCAUGGUACAAGAAAAGGUCUAUUCGCAAACUGCAAUCGCUGUUCUGAACAAAAGAAACAAAACUUAACAAGUAAAAGUUUAAUUAAUAAAGAUAUGAUGCAAGAAGAUAAUUCAAGUUAUUUACAACCUGAAAAAGAUCUUGAAGAACUUGUAUCUACACAUUUUUCAAACAAUGAACAUGUUGAGUUUUUAGCUAUAAUUGAAUUAAGCAAUAAAUUAUUAAAGAGAUAUUAUCAAAUAAAACUAGCCCAAAUGAUAAUAGUAGUCAAG